UUCUGUGGUAAUAAAAUCGUUGUUGCCAUUUUCAAUGGAGUCACAUUGUAAUAAUUGAGUUCUAAUGUGCAGCCAUGUGGGUGGCGCCCAUUAAGACGACGACCACACUCCAGACAUGCUGAGACAACAAGAACAACGGAAACGUCCUUCUUCUGUCAUUCAGAUUCUUGGGGACAAGUUUGCUUCAAAAGUGGUGUCUAAAAAGAUUGACUUACCAGAAUACCAAGGAGAGCCGGAUGAGAUUUCCAUUCAGAAGUGUAAAGAAGCUGCCCAACAGAUUGAUGGACCAGUCAUAGUGGAGGAUACCUGCCUUUGCUUCAGAGCUCUUGGUGGACUUCCUGGUCCCUACAUCAAAUGGUUUUUGGAUAAACUGCAGCCAGAGGGUUUGUACAAACUCCUAGCCGGGUUUGACGAUAAAUCGGCGUGGGCUCUCUGCACCUUUGCCUUCUGUGCUGGCAAAGAUGAACCUGUGCAUCUUUUCAGAGGGAAAACUGAGGGUAAAAUUGUGGAGCCAAGGGGGCCUCCAGACUUUGGUUGGGAUCCUUGUUUCCAGCCAGAUGGAUAUGACAAAACAUAUGCUGAGAUGCCCAAAGCCAUGAAGAACUCCAUCUCUCACAGAUACCGCGCACUUGCUGCCAUGUCUGAGCACUUUUCACAGACAUACAACUCUUCACCAGAAAACAAGAAGAAGCAGGAAGACUAAACUGUUAAACCUGGUGCAAAAUGCAGAUAAUCUUGCAGAUUUUAUCCUAUUGCCAAUGUCAUUCAUCACAUACGCAGAAAAUAAAAAAAUCCAGAUAU